AUGUGUGUCACUCUGAAUCAUGCCUCUCUAGGCGCCCGCCUGGAAGGACUCCAGGUUGGGAAACUCUGGAAGUUCAGAGGCAUCCCGUACGGGACCAUAACCACCAGAUUUGCGCGCGCAUGCCCAACCCAGCUUGAGGGCAAAGUGGACUGUUCUCGUUACGGGCCUCGUUGCCCGCAACUCAACUUCGACGUGCGACACCUUCUGCGCAUACCUCAAGAUAUCGAGCUGCCCACUGAGCCAGAAAAUGAAUUCCAAUGCCUGAAUCUAGACGUUACAAUGCCGCCUUUUGAACCGGGGCCUAACCCCCAAUUGCUGCCUGUUUUGGUGUGGAUUCACGGUGGUUCCCAGAUUGCGACAUUCGGGAGUUCGGCUUCAGGUUUGUGUGAUAUGACCAGAAUUGUCUCUGAUUCUGUAGACCUUGGGUACCCGUUUAUAGCGGUGGGUAUUCAAUAUCGGUUGAACAUGUUCGCUUUUGGGAACGGCAAAGGUGAAAGGAACUUGACUCUCAAAGACCAGAGGCUGGCAAUCGACUGGGUUGUUGAACAUAUCGGAGGAUUUGGCGGUGACCCGGCAAACAUAACACUUGCUGGCGAGAGUGCAGGCGCGGUCUUCUGCCAUGCACAUGUCGUAGCCCAAGCUCCCGUACGCCAAACGAUACUUUCUUCAGGAACACUGUACCUAUCGCCACCAUUGCCAGCCCAAUAUGGGACUGCUCUGAUACAUAAUGUAGCUAGUGAGCUUGAGAAAUUGGGUUACACGGAUAUGGCAACUGCUCCACCGGAUAUGCUUCUCAAAGCGCAGGCCAAUCUCGGCAUUAGAUCUAUCUGGAUUCAGAUGGAACCUGCCUUUGAAAAUUGGGAAAAUAAAACAGGAAAUACUACGCAGAUACUCAUUGGAGAUGUUGAGUAUGAGAGUAUUAUAUGGAGGAAUGGAAUUGAGACGCUAGAGCCCGGUUACAUAGCAGAAUGCUUCAACAACAUCGGCGACGACAGUUCGGCUGUGAAGCGCUUGUACGGCAUCCUGCCCGAUCGAAGCACGUCUUGCAAAACCGGAGCUCUCGACUUGAUCACCGACCAGAGGUUCGCGCUACCGGUGGAAAAGGUUCAGCAGCUAUGGCUGGACUCCGGAAAACCAGCGUACCGCUACUUGCUCGAUCAGCCAAAUCCCUGGCAACCAUCGAAUCGCGCUCAUCAUGCUGUGGAUUUGAUAUUUCUUUUCGGCGGAUUUGAAACUUCAAAUCCAGCAGCAGAAACUGUAGGAAAGGCGAUGCGGACGAAAUGGAUAAAGUUCAUAAACGGGAGGGCUCCGUGGGAUGCUGCUAGUGCUUUCGCGUUUGGACCGUAUGGAGAGGUGAAAAGUAUCGACCAAUCUGCAGUAGACAUGCGGAGACGACGAGCUCAUCUCGACCUCGUGAACAAAGUCGGCUGGGCAAAGUUUAAUGCAGCAGUCGUGCCAUUGAUAACGGGCCGUGUCAGCCUACUAAAUUAG